AUGCUCGCUGUCGGUUGCGGCAUCACGGCCACAACUACAACAACCGGCGAGGGUGUCUGUAGCAGCUUUAACCCCGAUGAAGACCAGGGAGACAGCAAUGGCCGGCUUCCUAGCAGGGCCACGACUGCUGUUUCAACAGUCUCGGCCACCACGACGACUAUCGACAAAGAUCCCCCCACUUCUUCCGAAACCACGGUCAAGACCACAGCCAAGACCUCGACCAAGACUUCGACGACAUCUUCCCCCCCGGCUGCGACAGCCGCCGACGGCUGCAGUAAUGUAGGUGGUAGUAGCAGUGCCACCCGGCGCUGCUGGAACAAAUGCGACCCGGACACGGGCUCGCCCAUUGGCGGCGACUGGGCGGAAAACGACCCCUGGUGCUACAUAUCGCAAAGCGGAAGCGAUCCGUUUGCCAGCUGCUUCAAGCAGGCCGACUGUCCGACCGACUUUGAGUGCGCGAAAUCAUGGGGCUGCGUUGUUCCGCCGUCCGGUGGGUGCGCGCCCCAGGGCGGCAAUACCGGGCUAGCAAACACCUGCUGGAGCAGCUGCAACGAGAAGACGGGAAAGCGCACGAAUGAUGAGUGGGAAGAGGGAAUGGCAUGGUGCUGGCUGAAGGGGGACCGAUAUUUUGCCAGCUGCAAGGAGGCUGACGACUGUAGUGCCAUCACGGAGUGUGUUCCUGACUUUUGGUCCUACGGCGGGUGUGAUACUAAGGAUAAGACAGGGUGA